AUGGCCGCUGGCGCUGUUGACGUGUUCGUGUACACGCUGGCAACCUUCCUCGGGAACGUCGGCGUCGCCGUCACCGGCUUCGGCAUGGCCAUUGUGUACUUGUUCGUGUGGCAGGUGGCGAGGUUGCGCGGCUGGGAGGCGGACUUCAAGCACGCGGUGUUCAUCCGGGCAAUCGGCCUGUUCGCGGCUCAGCCGUUGUUGCUGCGCCAGGCCAACAUUCGCAAGCACGGUUCCCGCAACCUCCUGAAGCUAUUCGUUCCGGUGGCGGUCUUGUCCACGCCUCUGGGCCAGUGGCUGGGGAUCUACGUCGACGAGAAGACAGUUCAGACGGCGGGGGGGAUCGUCAUCUGCCUCUUCGCCGCCUUCGAGGUGUCAGGAGGGAACAAAACACACACACGCACAGACACCAUUGAUCGUCGAUUCCCCCCAAAAAAAUAUGAAAAUAUGGGCAAUGGGGGGAAGACAGAAACCCCGAACAUGUGGGAAACUAUAGGGCGUCUUUUUAUCUGUAUGCAUUUCUUUGUGUCUCCCAGGGCCCCUCCGAGGUGCUCCGCAGCCGCAGGCUCCUCCUCGAGGCCCCGCGCGGCCCCCCCCGCGCGCGGGCCCGCUUCUUAG